GCUAAGCAACCAAGGGCCUGGGAAACACUGCAGGCUUGUUUUCGCUCUACACUAGUCUAUCCAGGUCUUGGCGCAUUGUGGGCAAGUAGCUGAGAUGCUGGUGCGGUUUGGACGGCGCUCCGGACAGGCGAGAAAAAGCAAGGAAAUAAGGAACUCUGAAGACAGUGACGUUUCCUACCCACCUCUUCUACCUUGCAAAGUGGAUCUCCGGCAGGUCACCAUAAUUCCACACGAUGAGUGGAAAAGGAUUCAGGAUAGCCUGGGUGGUUUGACAAGAGAAGCAGCGGCUCUUCAUGCAGAAAGAAAGGCAAAACAAGAAAUGCAUCUCCGAUCCCAAGAAGUGGUGAAAUAUUGGACUAAUACAUAUGCGGGGAUGAAAGAACAGAAACUUAAAGCUAAAAAAAAACGUGAUGAAGAAAUUGAAGCUGAAAGACAAAUCCUGGAUCUGGAGGAGGAAAUCCACAAACAAGGAGAAAGAAAAAAGGCCAUUGAAUAUGCAAAGCAGUAUCAGUUUUACCAGACAGAAAGAGUGAAGAACUUUCAUUCAGCACUUCUUCUCAGUAGAGUUAUGAAAGAACGAGAUGCCCAGGUUGAAUUCUGUAAGAGUAAGAUAAGACCAGAUACUCAGUGGGAAGAACAACUGAAACUCAACACUGAAAAAGCUUUUAAAGAAGAACAAGAAAAAGCAGAAAAACAACGCAGAGAAAGAAUGGCUCUUGCCAAGGAGCAUCUAAAACAAAUAAAGGAACAUGAAGAAGAAAAAGAAAGGAGGAAAAAACAUGAAGAAAAAGAUGCCGAGGAGAUAAAGCGACAAAAUUUAUUGUAUGAAGUAGAAAUGAGAAAAAAACUAAAAAAGAAAAAAGAAGAGAUAGAUGAAAGCAGAAAGCUGUUUUUUGAACAUAUGUCUGAUAAAAACAUCAUCAAAGCUGUCGAACAGCAGCAGCAAGAAGAGGAAGAUGAAAAGAUUCGAAUAUUUAUCAAAGCAAAAAAGCGUCUGGCACAAAUGAGGACAGAAAAAGAAGCUGAAACACACAGGCUAAUGGAGGAGCGGAGAGAAAAAAUAAAUCAUUUUCUGAGUGAACUAAUGAAAGAGAAACUUGAUAAUGAAGAUUUGAUUAUUGCUAAAGAUAUUGCAGAAGCCGAGGCUGAAUGGGAGAAAAAUGAAAAAGAAAAGUGUGAGAAAAAGAAAGCAGAUUUAAAAGCAAUUGCAGAACAUAGAACCAUUAUGAUGAAAAAUAAAGAGGAAGAAGAAAGACAAAGGAAAAUAGAAUCUAAACAACAGCUCCUGGCUGUCAUGAAAGCAGAUCAUAUUUUCAGGGAGCAGGAAAAGGAGAAAAAACGCAAAGCUGAUAUCGAACGCCGAGAAGUCCAAGAUGCCCAUAUUCACCAAAUGGCCAAAAAUAAAUUUAAUGCACUACAAGUGAAAGAAGCAGAAUUAGAGUAUUGCAGACAUAGUGAAACUCUUUUGGCUGAAAAGGAGAAAGAAUUUCAAGAUUAUGCCAGAGAAGUGAUUGAACUUGAAUCUGAGUCAACAAGUAAAUAUAUUUACCCUCUUGUAAAAGCUGUACAGGAAGGACCUGGAGGUGGCCAUGGACCAGCUUUUGUGGACAGAGGUGGAUUAAGACCCAGCUAUCAAGCAAAUGAUUUUGCUGGAGUCCAGCUCCCUUUUUAUAAUUCUCAGAAAUCAAAAUAUAAUUUACAGAAGUCUAAGGGAAGGUUAGGUUUUACAUGGUAGAAAAAUGUAAAGACUGAGAAGACUAAGUUGUAGCAAAUCUGAGCUACAAAUGUAAUAAAUAUAUUAGGUUAAUGUAACUGCUUUUCAUCUCAGGACUAUUGUGCCUGCUUUGCUUCUUCAUAGUAUUUCGGUUGAAGAUAUAUAAAACCUCACAGUUGACUUUUUUAUUGUAAAUACACGAGGUCAAAUUUUAUUCAAACUGUGCAUUCACUGGUAUCAAGUAUAUUCACAAUCGUACACAGCUAUACCUAUUCACUGCGCCAAGGGGAAUCAGUGUACCCACUAAACCAUCACUCCCGUCUCCCUCUCAACAGCCUCCUGCACUCACGCAUCAGCUUUGUGUCUAGGAUUUGUCUGUUCUGUGUAUUUCAUAUAAAUGGAAUCAUAUCACGGGCUUAUCUUAGUAUGUUUUCAAGGUUCAUACAGGUCACACAAAAUACAGUAUCAUACUU